AUGAAUGGUUCAGAUAUUAAUUCUAAAGAUAAUGAAGGAAAAACAGCACUUCAUGGCGCAGCAAUAAAUAAUAACAAAGUUAUGGUUGAAUAUCUUAUAUCACACGGUAUUAAAAUCAAUGCUGCAGAUAAUGAUGGCUAUACAACACUUUAUUAUGCUUUGGCAUUUGUAAAUAAGGAAAUAUCUGAACUCCUU